AUGUCUGAUUCUACAAUUGCUGAAACAGCAAAAAUACAUAACUCAACACCUCAGCUCGUUUUGUUAGCUUGGGCACUGAGCUUUGGUAUUGGUAUUAUACCAAAGUCAGCAAAUCCGGAACGAGUGAUUGACAACUUCAAGGUAGUUGGUAUGAAGCUGACAAAGGAAGAAAUUGAAAGAAUCACAGAACUAAAUCGGAAUAAGAAUUAUAUAAGAUGUGAUGGCUGGAAUGUGGAUUGA